GGGUGUUUUCGAGUGACUAGUUAAUUCCUUGCGACAGUAAUGAUGCGACCCUAAUAGGAUUUGAGCCCUCUCCUUCCUGCCGAUUGUUUGAGGAGUACGCCGGGAUAACGAGGGAGGAGCUUAGGUGUGCGUGUGCGCGAGAAAGUAGGCUUUGCGUGGGAACGUGUGGUUUAAUCGGGAUCAACCCUAUGUUCCCAGGGUCCUAUGAACAUGUGUAUCUCUCUCUUGAUAUAAAUUAGCAUUGUAAGAGCUAACUUCGCAGUUCAAAUCGCAAAAGAACUAUAAAAGUGAAGUAUGCUAUUCAGGAGAAAUUCAGUACCAUCACAAAUACUAUGAUACUGAGCGAACAACAACACAUCUAGUAACUUGGUGUGGCUGCAGGUUCCUAGCAGAAAUGGGCAAACUACAGAGCAAGUUUCGCAAGAGGUCUGACAUCUACAGGGAGUCUCCGGGGGAGAAGGCUGAUCAUUUUGACAGUCAGGUGGUGCAGUAUGAACCUGCUCAUCAAGGGUCCAUAAACACUGUCACCAAUCUCAGCCCAGAGCUGUGUGUUUCUGGUGGGACUGACCAGGCUGUGGUGGUGUAUGACUGGAAACAAGGCCGAAUGUGUCAGUCCUUCCAGGGUCACAACCGAGAAGUUACCAAGGUGAUGUGUUAUCCGGGCAGUACAUGGAUCUUUAGUGCCUCACGGGAUAAGACGGUUCUGAUGUGGGACCUAAACCAGGGGGACGAACCUAUUCAAGAAUUUUGUGGGCACGAGUUGGUGGUCAAUGGACUAGCAAUCAGCCCUGAUGGGAGAAAGCUGUGCACCGGUUCUCGUGACAACUGGAUGUGCCUGUGGGAUAUAGAAUCCUCUAAAUGUGAACAGAGACACAACAUUUCCAGAAACCUGGUUACUCAUGUGUGUUGGGUGCCAGGCAGCUCCGCUGUAGUCCAGACCUCUGAGGAUAAGACCAUAAGGGUGUGGGACAGCCGUGCAUGGCAGGUAACCAAUACUUUUCCAGCCAAGCAAUACAUCCAGACCCACUGUGACGUUUCUCCAAAUGGAAACUAUCUGGUGUCCAGCAGCAAUGGCUUUGGAGGCCAAGGCUGUGAAGCUACGCUCUGGGACCUGCGUCAGCCUGGCUGUAAAGUUGUGGAGUACAGAGGCCAUCUGCAGACCACAGCCUGCUGUAUGUUUCUGCCUGUUCCUCCUAGUGGUACAGCUUGGGUAGCCACAUCCUCUCAUGACGGCUCUGUCAAAAUCUGGGAUCAAAACACAGCAGUCUGUUUAGGGACAUUGUCUCUGGAUGCUGCUGGUCCACUGGUUUCUCUGGCUCCCAGUGACUCGAACAAUCUACUGUGUGCCAGCUUCAACUCUGGCCUCCACCAUAUCCAGGUGGACCAGGGAUCAAACCAGGCUCAGGGUUCCGGGGCAGGUUCAGGUGGAGCUGGUGGCCUUGACAUAAAAGUUUUGGCACGCUUCUGACAGCCCAGAAGAACCUGGUGUGACUCGUAACCAUGACAUAUGAACAGCCAGUGACUCAUGUCACUUCCUUUUUUGUUUUGUUUUUUUAUAAUUUUACACAUUUUGCUUUACUAGACUGCCAUACAGUAAAGAAUGACAGAGGAGAUCAGUGAGACAAAGAGGGGAUGAUAGUGACGAGUGUGGAGGAUGCACCUGUUGUCCAGCCAGAGCCACCUGGAUGCCCAUCACAGCUGCUCUUUUCGGAGACUGGUCUGUGAGUCACAUUCUCCAUUAAUUGAUGACACUAUAAACACUAAAAUGAUCCUGCUUGGAUUGCUGCCUUCUUGGACCAAGCCAGAAUAACUGGGGCUUACUGUCAGUUUUAUACACUACUUCAGCUCAGCUGGAGUUGAUGUGAUGCUUCAUGCGCAUGUUGUAUUGCUUUUAUUGGUGAUACUGACUACAUGUUUGGAGGACAUCGUAAUGCGGCAUGGGUGGUGUUGGUAAUUAGGAAGUACACUAUUUAGAGCAAGAAAAGCCACUAUUUAGUCUGGUGUAUCUUCUCCUGAGUCUGACGGAGAACUGGAAGCCAAGUAGAAUAUCAUACUACGAGUAUGUAAUUAGGGUUUUUUUCUGCAUAAGAUUUAGUGAGUGCAAUCAGACUUGCUGUCUUGUUUGUCAAACACUUUGUGGCAAGUUAUUUUUGUCACCAAAACCGUAAUGAGGAACACGCAUAUGUUGAUGUUGUGUGAACGAAGUAACCUUUGAUUAGUUUGUACUGUAGCUUUAACCUGUCAAGUGUUAGACCAAACAAAUACCUAAGACACAACACUGUAUAAACAUGCUUUGUUUUUAGGUAGAAUUAUAUCGAUAAAGGUUUUUAAAGAUACAGAUUCUGAUAUUUUUUGAACUGAAGCUGCCUAUAGCUGAAGCUUGGUGGCAAUAUCCAAUGUAUCUAAAUUUGAAAAUUACUAUGCAAAAUACAGGGGUUAUUCCCUUUUUAUUAAUAACAUAUAAUUUGAAUUAACAAAUGGGAAUAAAAGAUAUUGAAAAUGGAAAAGAAAGCUGCUCUGCAUCUACAAAAAAACUGCUACAACUUAGUUAAUUAUUGUUUGAUCAACAUUGAUUGACUAUUAACAACAAAUAUUGACAUUUAACAUUCUGUGCUAUUAACAACAGAUAUUGAACUUCUCUGUUUGAAUUAACAAUCCAGCCAACGAAUGCUAAUGUUAAUAUUAGCAGCCUUAAGUGGUUGAAUUUGGCCGCAUUACAUUCCUACCUGAACUGAACUGUCAGGAGUUAAACCACUCAUUUCAAGGGUAAGUUAAACGAUGAUUACUUUGCCAGUUUCAGCAGCUCACAAAUGACCUUUUUAUUUGUAGAUAUCCAGGUGACCAUCUCUCCCAAAGACAAUAGUUGCUAUAUCAUUCAAUUCCUUUUUAGAUAAUUGUUUGCAACUAAAGGAACAAAAUGGACAGCUCAGGAGGUGGAUCAAAGUAAUCAGUUUAACAGUAAUGUCCUCUCAGGUGAUUCCAAAUGCACUUAAAUGGAUAUUAAUUUGAAGGUUUAUGUUGGUUUAGUACCUACUGAACAUUUGUUUGUUCCAGGCAUAUGUCGGUUACACCACUGGUUACAGUGAAAACUUAAGAGCUGCAAUAAGAAAACUCCACAUUCAGUAAUAAAUUAUUUUUCUAAACUUUUGGGAACACUACAAGCAGUAGAGAACCAAAGCUGAUCAGACAUUUAAUUUUGUGUGAAGUUUGUAUUUGACACUCUACACAUCACCAGUUGGUUUAAUUGUAUCGAUCUUUGUUUGAUAAAUUAUAAUUAAGCAAUAAAUAAUUUAAAAUGAGGAGUAAA